AUGUCACCACAUGUACCACCCAUCGCGAAUGCUGCCUGUCCGUUCAAUCGCGCAGUUUCAGAAAAUGAUGAGAUUGAGACAUUGAAUUGGACUCCUGUCCGUAACUACCCCUACCAACCACGUCGCCGUGCGACUCGCCGAAAGUCAACGCCAUCGGACUUCGCCCCUUCCGACGGGAUAUCCAUGCCACGUCACAAUAGCCAGCUUCGAACAAGAGUGACAAAGACUUCAUUCGAAACAAUGGACGAAAACCUUUCAGGCACAGAUCAAGAUAGCGUUACUAUUAAAGAGGACCGCCAGCAAGUCAUCAACAGAACACAUCCCUUCGGUAUCAGAAUUUGGAACUCACCACUCUAUCAUGAGGAAAAUCCAAAACCCAAUGGCGAGGACGGCUCAAUCUCCAGCCACGACGUCAGCAAUUGGACUUUCUUCUUCAACCUUCUUUGGACACUGUUCUUUGGCUGGUGGUUAGGUCUCCUGGUAUUAUUCUGCGGGAUCAUCUGCAUGGCACUUUCAAGGACGCAAGCCCAACCAACAUAUGGCCGGGUCCUUUAUGGCUUGGCAGGAUUCGUCUUCUAUCCUUUCGACAAGUCAGUAAAAUACAGAAACAGCAGUCUUCACGUCCCAGACAGCCAGAGAGAAGGCUCAACAUCAUAUCGCGGCCAGCAGCUUGGUGCCAGCUCUGAGAAUGGCCAAUUCUUACGCUACCCGAGCCUAAGUUACGGUCAUGAUCAUCGUAGUCAACAGCCUCUGGAGCCUAUAAACUUGCCCAAGCCUUCUCUUUUCCGAAAGCAAUGGAGCUUUGAGAGAACUAUGUUCACUCUUGUUCUAUAUUUUCUCCUUUUACCAAUAUUUCUACUCGUGGCCAUGGUCUGUUGGUGCUUGGUCCUUCCAUUACCCACGGCAUGUAUGUUGGUUCGCUUGUUGAGAAUUGUCCGAAGCUGCGCUCUGCAAAUUUCGUUCGCGCGCAGGUCUAAGUCAACAUUAUCGACCAUUGAAGCACAGCAUACAGUUCUACUCUAUAGCUCCAAGUUCGUUGACCCCAGUUCAUGGAAGCAGUCUUUCGGUGGUGUCAACAUUGUUCUCAUCAAUCUAACGGCGAUUGCCAUUUUGACAGCAUUUGAUUGGCUGGUUUUUUCCCAACUCUUCUACAGCCACUCGAUGAUCCUUUCACUUAGCAUGUUCUUUCUUGGUAGCCUUUUGGGCAUUAUUCCGUUAGUCUAUGUCAUUGGUCAAGCAGUGGCCUCAAUAUCGACACAGUCAUCUAUGGGCACUAGUGCUGUCGUUAAUGCCCUGUUCUCUACUAUUUUCGAGGUCAUAUUCUACUGCGUUGCUCUUAAAAACGGGAAAAGCGAACUAGUCGAAGGCUGUAUCAUAGGAAGCAUUUUAGCCGGUGUCCUCUUUCUUCCUGGCCUUUCUAUGUGCUUCGGUGCACUCAAGCGGAAGACCCAACGAUUCAAUGCGAAGUCUGCUGGUGUCACCUCGACGAUGCUUCUAUUUGCAAUAAUGGGUGUAUUUAGCCCUACAAUAUUCUACGCAAUCUACGGCACCUACGUCAUGAAAUGUGGAAGCUGUACACACAAAUUGCCUGAUUCACAAGCCCCUGGUACCAGUUGUCCAUAUGUCAUCGGGCUGUUGUUCACUUUGCGCACGCAUUCAACGGUGAUCUGGAACGAGGGUAGUGGCACGCACAUUGGUGAAUCUUCUAACCAGCGGCUACUGAUUCCUUCCCACCAAAGACACCAGAGACAAGCGGCAGACCUUCCAUAUGCCCAUCCACGAGCUCCUCACCUCAGGAAGAAUCAAAGAAUACCAUCAUCUGGGGUCAUCAGGCCAACGAGAUGUGAGGUAAUUUCUGAAGCUUCUGAACUGAGUCAGGAGACUGAGCAAGUACUGGCAGGGACUCGGUUUCCCCGAAAUAGAGAGACAGCACCAGUUUGCCAAGAUAUAACGCGCCAUGUCCCAAACUGGAGCCGAAGGAAGAGCCUGCUUAUACUUCUCAUGGCGACUUUGUUUUAUUGCAUUCUUGCUGUAAUCCUUAUCGAUGCCGUGGAUACCAUUCUUCAGAAAUUCUACAUCGAGGAAAAAUUCUUAGGACUGACUGUUUUUGCACUGAUACCAAACAUAACUGAAAUUUGGGCGCUGACAGAUACAGAACGCCAUUUUGUUUGCCGCCAAUGGCAGUAUCGCAUUAUCGGUGGAGAUCGGCUCAGCCUACACUCUCCAAUUGUGAUGAUAGGCUUUUUCCUAUCCGACGAGCGCGGCUAG